AUGAAAGAUAAUACUAAAUGUCAGAUGCGCAAUCAAUUAGCAAAAAUUUGGUGGUCUCGACUUAUUAUUUCCGUACGUGGUUACGUUGCAAACUAUAUUGAGGAUAAUGAUGAGAAGCUAUUUCUCGCUGAUGAUGCAUUUAUUAUUAUCCAUCGUAAUCUUGUUGAAUCUACCAUAACGAAUGCCAUGCAACAGUUUCUAAUUGAUCUAGAAUUUAUUGUUAAUUAUCCGGAUAUAAUUGCAAUUCUUAACGAUCUCAAUAACGGUUUAUCAAAACGUAAUCCAUUUACAGAUCCUAAAAGUAGCAAUUAUUUUAUCAGGAUAUACGGAGAACCAAAUGCAGCGACAUAUCGCAUUGCAAAUGCUCAAAUUAUUGCUCAUAUUACGUUCAUGCAUAUAUUCUCAACAUUACAACAACGAUGGAAAUUUUCAGCAAAAAAACUUAAGGGUAUCCGAUUUCAAGAGGAUCCGGAAUGGCAACCUGAUGAUCGUGUUGUCCUAUUUCAACAUUUCUUUAAAG